GGUGACACUCGCAGCCUGGGCUCUGUGAAGCUGAGGUGGCAGUCAGCUAGAGUGCGUGUUGGGGUUCUGGGGCGUCUGCCUUACCUGGCUUGUUUAUGAGCAUUAAAGGGACGAGGUUGCAGCUUGAAGAGCUAGGAUGGCAGUCAACAAAGGCCCCACCUUGCUGGAUGGAGACGUCCCUCAGGAGCAGGAGAACGUGCUACAGCGGGUCCUGCAGCUGCCCAUGGUGAGUGGCACCUGCGAGUGCUUCCAGAAGACCUACACCAGCACCAAGGAAGCCCACCCACUGGUGGCCUCUGUGUGCAAUGCCUACGAGAAGGGCGUGCAGAGCGCUGGGAGCCUGGCAGCCUGGAGCAUGGAGCCAGUGGUCCGCAGGCUGUCCACCCAGUUCACAGCUGCCAACGAGCUAGCCUGCCGGGGCCUGGACCACCUGGAGCAGAAGAUCCCAGCCCUUCAGUACCCUCCUGAAAAGAUUGCUUCUGAGCUGAAGGACACCAUCUCCACCCGCCUCCUCAGCGCCAGAAACAGCAUCAGCGUGCCCAUCGCCAGCACUUCAGACAAGGUCCUGGGGGCCGCUCUGACUGGGUGCGAGCUUGCCUGGGGAGUGGCCAGAGACACUGCGGAAUUUGCUGCCAACACCCGAGCUGGCCGGCUGGCUUCCGAAGGGGCCGAUCUGGCCUUAGGCAGCAUUGAGAAGGUGGUGGAGUACCUCCUCCCGCCAGGCAAGACAGAGUCAGCCCCUGCUCCUGGACACCAGCAAGCACAGAAGCCUCCCAAGGCCAAGCUGAGCCUUGUGCACAGGGUUGGGGCUCUGACCAACACCAUCUCUCGACACACCAUGAAGACCGUGGCCCGGGCCCUGGAGCAGGGCCACACCCUGGCCAUGUGGAUCCCGGGUGUGGCGCCCCUGAGCAGCCUGGCCCAGUGGGGUGCGUCAGUGGCCAUGGAGGUGGUGUCCCGGCGGAAGAGCGAGGUUCGGGUGCCCUGGCUGCACAACCUCGCCACCCAGGAGGAGGAUCGUGAGGACCAGACAGACACGGAAGGAGAGGAGACAGAGGAGGAGGAAGAAUCAGAGACUGAAGAGAAGAAGUUCAGUGAGGUAGCAGCCCUGCCAGGCCCUCAGGGCCUCCUGGGCAAUGUGGCACACACCCUGCAGAAGGCCCUCCAGACCACCAUCUCGGCUGUGACGUGGGCACCUGCAGCUGUGCUGGGCAUGGCAGGGAGGGUGCUGCACCUCACCCCAGCCCCGGCCGUCACCUCCACCAAGGGGAGGGCCAUGUCGCUAUCAGACGCCCUGAAGGGUGUUACUGACAACGUGGUGGACACAGUGGUGCACUACGUGCCGCUCCCCAGGCUGUCGCUGAUGGAGCCCGAGAGCGAGUUCCGGGACAUCGAGCACCCGCCCCCCGAGACGGAGCGCAGGGCGUCGGGAGCGCAGUCCCCGGGCCCUGAGCCCGCCCCGCGCCCCGCCCAGCCCCGCGGGAACCUUCGCCGCGCACGGAGCCCCGGCCCGGAGGACGAGGCUGACCCUCCCGCUGCGCCGCGCGCGUUCCCGGCAGUGCCCCGGGAGAAGCCGAAGCGCAGGGUCAGCGACAGCCUCUUUCGCCCUAGCGUCCUGGAGCCCAUCCUGGGCCGCGCGCAGUACAGCCAGCUGCGCAAGAAAAGCUGAACCGCGGGCCCAGACCUCGACCCUCCGCACACAGAACCCGCGCCGCCCCGGCCAGCUGCCUCUUCCAAAGCAGCCCCCUGGGACCCCGCUGCAUUCCCCCGGCUGCCGAGGCACACACUUUCUUAGCGUCUUUCUGGGGCUUCACCCUCAGAGCCAGUUUUUAAGGGCCACCAGAGCCACAGCCUGCUCUGAAUUAAAAGAGAAAUGGCCUCCGUUGAUUUUUCAUCUCUUUAACCAAACGUGUGACCAAAAGACAUUUGACCAUUUUCAAAAUUCAGAUUCUGCCUCUGUGGAUCAAUAUUUGCCCAUAAUGAGUAGCUCUGGUCACCACCCUAAAGGUCCAAACAGAGGUUUUGACACAUUCUUAGCACUGAACUCAGAGAUCCUCUGACGAUCUAGGCUCCCAGCAGACUACUUUGAAGGGAACAAUCAGAUGCAAAAGCUCUUGCGUGAUUAUUCAAAAUUCUAGUGUCACUUUCUGAGUCCCCGCCCCUUCGCGGGCUGGCUCCCAGGCCUGUGCUCUGCAGAGCCCACUGCUUGCUCGCAGCCACAGUUCACUGGCAUCAUCACUGCCCUCACCUGCAUAGUCACUCUCUUGAUGCCCCCCAGAUGCUGGGGAAGGAAAAUGGUGAUCAUAUGUAGACUUUAUAGCCACGGAACGGGAAUGUUAAUAUUUGGUAAAUCUUCUAGACAAUAUAUUCAUACAAUUACAAAAUUCAUACAUUGCAAAAGGGUGCGUACCUCUCUCCCUGAGCCCCCGUGUCCCCCUCCAUAAAAACCGCCAUGGUGCCGCUCUCAUGUGUGCCUGUGGUUAUGGGCUAUGCCCCUGCAGGCACGUGCCUGCACUUCUUCUUGCCUUCACAUUAGCCUGCUUUCUUCACUUAAUAACUCAGCUUGGAGAGAUUUCUGUAUCACAUCAUGAAUCACACUCGCUGUUUUCGACGGCCACAUAAUAACUACUGCGUAGUAUGGAUAUGCCUUAUUUGAUUCAAAUAGUUCCCUAACGAUGGACUUUUAAGUAGUUUCCUUUUUUUUUUUAUUGCUACUGCAAACAGUGCUAUAAUAAAUGUCCUUA